AUGAGUAAAAGUGUUGUGCGGUUCCACGAUGUGCACGACACACCAUAUGGCGCCUUUAGCCCACUGUCACCGCACCCGAUAGUCGUGCGCCACAAGCAGUACCCGUCGCUGCACCACUACUUCCUCACCGAGCGAUUCCGCGGCAGCCCGCUGGAGGAGGCGCUGCAGUCGGCGUCAUCGGUGUGGGAGUUGGACCGCCUCGUCAAGGAGGCGGAGCGCAUCGGCUGCCAGCGUGAGGACUGGAACCGAGUGAAGGUGGACGUCAUGCUUCUCGGCAACUACAUGAAGUUUAAACAGAAUGAUGGCGUGCGAAACAUGCUGCUGGAUACGGGCGACAAACUCAUCGUUGACCACACACCGGCGGACGACUUCUGGGGCGACCGCGGUGACGGGACGGGUCGAAACCUCCUCGGCGUUAUUCUCAUGGCGGUGCGGGACCGACUGCAGCGUGAGUCCUCCACCAAGGCGCGCAACAGGUGA